GCCCCCUUCCUCCUUGUGCUGCCGCUAGGGGUAGCGGCGUCGGCUGCGGUCCGGGAGCGCGGCUGCUUUGAGGGCUCGGGAACCCUACAGAGUGGGGACGUGGGGAGGCUAUAGGGUGAGAAAGCCGGCCAGAGAGGAGGGCGGCGCUGGAGGAGGGCGGCGCGUGGCUGACUCAUCCCUCUGGAAGAUCAGACUGAUCUACACACACACUCGCGCGUCCGCCCGCCCGCGCCGCCCCACCUCAGCCGGGAGGCGCCCGCCCGCACCUCCCUCCCGCCCUCUACGGGCGCUGUCCGGGCCCGGCCGUCUCAGAGAAAGUUUUUUCCAUCCGAGGGGCCGGAGCUGCCGCGGGCCUUUUGGAAGGGCAGAGGGACGGAACAGGAGGCGAGAGCCGCACGGGCCCGCGGUUUGCAUGGUGCCCGGCGCCUCGGCUGCCUGGCAGGAGGACCUUGGGGCGGGGUCGGGCCGAGCCCAGCUACUUUUCCCCUCAGCCGCGCCAGAAACCGCCUUCGCGGAAGGCCGCGGGGGUCCCCGCUCCUCAGCUCGUCAUGUCCCGGCUGCUGCCGCUGCUGAGGAGCCGGACCGCGCGCAGCCUGAGGCCGGGCCCGGCCGCCGCCGCGCCCCGCCCGCCGUCCUGGAGCUGCUGCGGGCGGGGGCUGCUGGCGCUCGCGCCCCUCGGCGGCUUCCCGGGCGGUCCCCGGCGGCUGGGCACUCACCCCAAGAAGGAGCCCAUGGAGGCGCUGAACACGGCGCAGGGCGCGCGCGACUUCAUCUAUAGCCUGCACUCCACGGAGAGGAGCUGCCUGCUCAAAGAGCUGCACCGCUUCGAGUCCAUUGCCAUCGCCCAAGCAUGCAGAUAUCCCAAACCUGAGAUUGCCAUUGUGAAACGUGCAAAGGAAGUAUCCUCAGCAGAGACCCCUGAUAGUUUUGAAAAAUUGGAAGCUCCACCACCCACCCCAGGACAGCUGAGAUAUGUAUUCAUCCACAAUGCGAUACCUUUCAUAGGGUUUGGCUUUUUGGAUAAUGCAAUUAUGAUUGUUGCAGGAACCCAUAUUGAAAUGUCUAUUGGAAUUAUUUUGGGAAUUUCAACUAUGGCAGCUGCUGCUUUGGGAAAUCUUGUGUCAGAUUUAGCUGGACUUGGACUUGCAGGCUAUGUUGAAGCAUUGGCUUCUAGGUUAGGCCUGUCAAUUCCUGAUCUCACACCAAAGCAAGUUGACAUGUGGCAAACACGUCUUAGUACACAUUUGGGCAAAGCUGUUGGGGUGACUAUUGGCUGCAUUCUAGGAAUGUUUCCUUUGAUUUUCUUUGGAGGAGGUGAAGAAGAUGAAAAACUGGAAACGAAAAGUUAAUCCUCUUAGAAUACCGAUAAAAAGAUGUAAACUAAUGUACCUCAGUUAUUAAAUAUGCUGUCACAACAUUUAGGAAUUAAGACAGUAACACUAUAGAUAUGGGAUCAAAUAAUUUAGCAUGUAUUAUGGAAAACACUAACUUAUUGUGGCUUGGUCUUCUUAGGACAUCUUUUUAAAAAAAAACCAGUAUCAUUUUGUGUAAAUUGUUGAAAUGCUUUUUCAUCGAUAGCAGUCAACAUUUUAUCUUUUCUUUUUAUAUUCAUAAUGUUAUUUAAGUAUCAGUCAUUGAUGUACUGUAUUGACUUGGGGUUUGCUUAUUUGUUACUUAACAUGCGUACAUGCAUGAAAGCAUUUUUGGUUGUUGUUCCCUGGUAGUUACAUUUCAAUCUUGAGAUUUUUCCAAAUUACUUAAGAUGUUUAAUAUCAGUUAAAGGUUUUUUUUACCCUCUUUUUGGCAACAUCAAUUUUGUACUGUUAUGCAGUAAACAUUUAUAAUCAUAUAAUUUCAGUCAUUUUCUUGACUCUCACAUCUAUUGAAAAUGGAUAUGGAUACAGAUUUUAAGUAUUUUAAGUAUAUAGCACUUAUUUUAAUUUUCUGACUUUACUAUUUUAAGAGCCAGAGGUUAAGAAGAAAGAGCAAUUAUGUGGUCUCCCUGCUGCAUAUAACCGUAUAUACUAACAAGCGUACUAUUUUUAAUUGAUUUUUUUUUAACCUUUAGUUUCCCAGUUUUGAAUAAUUACAUGGUGGGUUCUGACUUUUGAGGGGAAGAAAAUGAUUAUUUUAGAGUCUUUGAAAUGGGGAUUGUGGAAUUAAAUUGAACUAAGGGAUUCAAUAUGAUGCUUGAAAAUUAAAAGGCUAAAGGCUUUUUUUAAAAGAAAAUGUCGAAAAUAGGAACUGUCAAUAAGGUUUAUGUUAUAAAUGGUGAAGUUGAAAUGAUGUUUGGAAGGUUAAUGAGAUAACAAAUUAUAUUAUUUGGGAAGGCUUCUUUUUUUUCCCCCAAAUAUGACAUCAUCUCAUCUGAAUGGAAUGAAUCUGAAUAUUCCAUACUCAUACUCCUAAUCUCAUUGUAGCUUACUUAGUGAAUUUUAUUUAUGAAUAAUUUCUUUUGAAGUGAAAAUUAGAUAUUUAAUAUUUUGCUUUUUUGCUAGUCUACUCAAAAAUUACAUGAAGAGAAAUCCUUCCUCCCUGUUUUUCUUUUUUCUUCUUUUGUGGUAUUUAAAGAAUAUUUUAGAUUGAAGUUACUUAUUUCUAGUUUUGUAUAUCUGACUUAAAUAACCAUGUAAGAAUUAUAAAUUUUAGUUUUCGGAACCCUUAAACUUUUUAGCAUGAGGUCUGUUACACAUGCUAAAAAAUUAUUCUUACUUGUAACAGUGUAAAUACAUCAUGGAGGAGAGAAACUUAAAAUAAUGUUUUGGCUAUUUAAGUUAUUUGUGUUGCUAAAUAGAUGCAGAGGAUUUACAGCAAUUUUAUUUUGAGGUUUUAUUUAUACAUAAUUACUUUGAACUCUUAAGAGGAGGUUUUUUUUUUCAUGAGGCAAUUUGUCAUAAAUUUUCUCAUGCACUUCAGAAUGAAUAAGUGCUAUCCUUUAAUCAUAGCCUUUGGGGGAGAAAGCAUAAAAACAUAGCAUAUAAUCAAAAUAUAAGUAUAUGACAUGCACAAAUAUAACAUUCUUAUUGAAUCAAAUCAUAUUUCUAGAACUUGCGAUCUUAAAUAGAGUUUUGUUUUGUAUCUUCCAUAUAAUGUCACACACAGAUAACCAGACAAAAAAUCCUUUGUAAAAUUUCAGAUUCAUAGCAUUAGAGUACCUAUAUUUUGGGCAGUGGGGAGGUAAACUGUAGGUGCUUUCUUUUGUCCCUAACUUGUAUAUUGAUGGCAGUCCAUUCUGUUUUCCAAAAAUGUAUGUGGUGCUUUACUUCUUAUUAAUUAAAUCCCAUAUUAGAAACCUUGCCUGUGAGUUUAGAAAGGGCUUUUGAUGAUUGUUUUUUCUUUUUGCUCUUGAAAAUAAUCCAGUCCUAGGGAAUUAUUGGUUUAAUGGAACAUCUGCAGAAUUACUUAAGGUGUCAAAAUAUAUAGCCUUCACAUUGAAAGAUGAUUUUAAUUUAUGGGCAUAAUGAAAAUUUGAAUCAGGUAAUUAAAUUUCAAAAAAUGGAGACCAUUGGUCUUUAACUGAAGGGUAUAUGUUUUUUAAGAUCAUAGUCUACACUAGCACGUGCAUUGCACGGAGUGCUUUCUGAAGAAUGGUUCUUUUUAAGAUAAUGACUUCAUAUGAUUAUUGCUUCAUGUUAUUUGCCACAAAGAACUUUAAUUCAGGUUUAAACUGGAACUGUUUGUUUCUCAUAUUAGCUACUUCUCUAUUAGGAGCACAUGAACUAUAGUUAAAUGCAACAUGAGCUACUUUAGUACUGUUUGUUUGAAAUUUAUGUUGUCCAUGUAUUAUGAUUUAUGAACUUGUUGAUGCAUGUAAAUUGGGUGCAUUUUGUUGCCAUGUACGUUAAAUGGUGACCAAUGUUUUUACAAAGGAAUUGAACAAAAAAGUAUCUUUUAAGAAAUUUGGAA